AUGUCUGGGUACCGAAGCUUCGCUGUUGCUGGCACGGGUAAUGUUGGCAAGUUCAUCAUUGAUGCCCUGCUGGAAAAGAAGGCCAUAGGAGUAAUUUCCUCCAUCACUGUCUUAACCCGCUCUUCUGAGGGCAAGAAUGAGCUAGAGUCAAAAGGAGUGAAGGUCGUUGCUGUCGACUACACUUUCCCCUCCUCACUCGAAGCCGCCCUGUCCGGUAUCGACAUCGUAAUCGCAGCUUUGGGUCUCCACGGAAUCGAACAUCAGGUCGCACUCGCUGCAAGCGCAAAAACAGCAGGCGUCAAGCUUUUCGUACCGUCAGAGUACGGAUCCGAUCCACACGGACAAACCGAUCAUCCACUCUUCAAGCUAAAGGAGGUAGCUAAACAGAAGCUGAAGGAGCUUGGAUUGCCAUAUGUCGUCUUCUUUGCUGGACUCUUUGCUGAUCAGGCCCUUGCACAAGGUUUCUCGGUGGCAUUGGGAUUUGACUUUGUUAACGGAGUGUUAUCCAUCCCAGGAACGGGAAACCCAGCUUUAUCUUGGGCUACGAGGGCUGAUACAGCGAAGUUCAUCGUACACACACUAACCACGCUUCCACAAAGCAAGCUCGAGUGGCAGACAUUCCGCAUCGAAACGGACCGUAUUUCCUUCAAUGACCUCGCUGCAAUUUGGAAUGAGCGCCAAGCGAAGGCAGGGAAGCCUACUGCAACAAUUACACAUCGCCCUCGUUCCCAGUUCGAAGAGGCUCUGAAGAAAACCCCGAACGAUAUAUUACCCAUGUUCUGGUUGCUCCUCGAAGAUGGACAGCUGGUUGUUGGUCGUCCGGAAGGCAUUUCAAAUUUCGAUAUUCCCGGUUGGUCUCCCAAGCGCGUUUCCGAUGUACUACAGGACCUGUAUAGAUAA